UAUGUACGAUGAGAUCACCAUAAAUUAUUUAUUUAAUAAAAUUUUUUGUUAGCUUUAAAGACUUGAAGAAGGGGCCUAACAGCUCAGUUCCUUUCAAUUUGGAGAGUGUACGGUCUCAACACCAAUGUAAAAGACUCGCUGAGACAAAAACACAAACACAUGACGGACAUCUUUUGGCCUGGAAACUUAGCCACCCGCCGGAAAAUGGUGAUUAAAGAGCUCAUGGAAGGUCGAAAACUCGCAAAUCAGAUUCUAAAUCUUCUUCUUGCUAAGCCUGGUGAUAUUGGGUCAGAUCAGUCCGCAGAAGAUCUGGUCAUGAAGAUAAUGAAAUCGUUCUCCAACUCCAUUUCCAUAUUGAAUUUGCAGCUGAAUGAAGGUGAACAUGAUGAGGUCUUAGCCUCUCGAACCCAAGCUGAUCAUAUUUCCCAUGUGGAUGCUUGGAAAACUGAAGGUCGCGAAGAAAGUUGUCGGAGUCCUUCAACUGUUAAAGACCGCAGGGGUCGUUACAAGAGAAGAAGAACCUCAGAAACGUGGAUAAGAAAUGAUCUUACUCGGAUCGGCGAUGGUCAUUCAUGGAGGAAGUACGGUCAAAAAACAAUUCUCAAUGCCAAAUACCCUAGGAGCUACUUUAGGUGCACUCACAAGUAUGACCAAAGCUGCCAAGCUCAAAAACGAGUCCAGAGAAUACAAGAAGAUCCUCCACUAUACAGGACCACAUAUUUUAGGCAACAUACGUGCAGGAAAAACUUCCUCAUCAAAGCUCCUGAAUUCAUCUUAGAAGAUAUUACCACUAAAAAACAUACUACUCCUGAAGAAGCUUCCACAUCCAACGGCAUCGAUGCUAUUAAACAUGAGCAUCCAUGUUUCUUAUCAUCGACUUUCCCAUCAAUCAAAAAGGAGUUUGUGGAGGAGAAAACAUGUAAUAAUAUGAAUCAUAACCAUUCAUUGUCGCCUGAUUAUAUUAUGUCAGCUGAUCAUGAUCAUCUGAUGGCGUCAGAAGCAUCGACACAUGUGUCCAGGACAACAACGUUUUCAUCAAGCUCUCUGCUGACUGAUCAUGGGAAUGUGCUAUCUGGGAUGAUGGAGUCCGUUGGCUUCGAUGAUGAUAUUUUGCAAUUUUUAUCUGAUGGGUUCCAGUAAUUUCUUUGCAACUUCAAAAUGUGGGGGGGAAAAAAUGUAGUACUAUCUAGUAGUAAUUAUUAUUAUUAUUAUUAUUUUUCUUUGAAUUACUAUCUAGUUCUUCUUCUUCUCUUCUUCUUCUUAUUAUUGUUAUUUUGGCAACAUCCAGUUGUACCUUUGUUUCUUUUAAGAAAGUUAAUUGUAAGUUAUGCCUUUAUUUACAAAAAAAAAAAAAAAAAUGGCUUUUAUCAUUUAUCAAUGUAAAAAAAA